CAUAGAAAUCAUGACUGAAGAACAAAAUUCUUAAACAGUUACUUCCAAGGGCUAAAAUCUAGAAGCGUAGCAUAUACUCAAAAACCAGCAUGCUUCCAGUUCCAUCAAGGGCCAAAUUUGCUUUUCUGUUGAUAAAUUGCUGCUAACUUUCACUCAUAUGGCUGGUGGAAAUGCUGAGCUUUCUGAUAAUAAGCAUUCAGAUAAUGUUGUGUUUUUGAAUCCAGAAUCAUCCAGCAAUUUUCAGGCUUCAACAUCUGUGAAUACAAUUACUCAAUUGUUGUCUACGAGCACCCAAACAUGCAGCCACACUCAUACAUGCAACCCACCUGGCCCUGAUGCUGCUCAUACACACACAUGCUAUCACACACACACCCAAGUUUUUACAUCUGAAGAUGAUGAAAGAGAGCAUAGCAACUCAAGACCAAAAAGGGGUUCUGGCAAUAGAGAAGCGGUUCGAAAGUAUAGGGAGAAGAAGAAGGCACACACUGCUUACUUAGAGGAAGAAGUUAAGAAAUUGCGUAUGGUGAAUCAGCAACUAGUUAGGAAACUAAAAGGGCAGGCACUUCUUGAAGCAGAAUUGUUAAGGUUGAGGAGCAUUUUGGCACACCUUAAGGGGAAAAUAGACAAUGAACUGGGUGAUUUCCCCUUUCAAAAGCAGUGUAACUCUUCUACUAUUUUCAAAGUAGGGGAUAAUGGUCUUCUGUGUCAAAACAAUGUUCCAUGCUUGCAUCCACAUGCAGGACCAUCAUCCAAGGUUAAUAAUAUGUGUGCAUAUGGAAAAUCCAUUAUUCCAUUGGAAGGAAACUAUCAACAUGAAAUUGUAGAUUGUCAAGUAGAUGCAAAUAACAUGCCCAGUACUGAAGCACAAACCGUAGACACAAUGGAUAACUUCAUGUCUUCUGCAUCUCAAGAUGGGUAAUUCGCUAGACAAAUAUCUUAUGUGAGUUCCUUUCCAUGUUUGUGGUUAUCUUCUGUGAGUUCCUUUCCAUGUUUGUGGUGGUGAGGUAAGAAGAGGUAUAUAUAGUUAGUGUUGACUAUGAAGGGCAUGUUAGAUAACUCAUAAGUUGACCUUUUGAAGUUUGUUUUCUAUAAUCUAUAGGGUACAUAUAAACAGGCAUGUUAGUUUGAAAUUUGUACAAUAUACCAGCAUGUAAAAGAUGUUCUUUUAAAUAAACAAAAUUCUCGUUGUGUCACUAUUAAUGUUCUUCCUAAAAGCAUCU